AUGACUGAUUCGAGUAUCAAAAUCCCGCCGCGCCCUGCCUACCUAGACAGUGUUCGCCUCCGCGACAUCCAGCUCCCCCUCAUUGCCCCAGAAGCAUGGCACCGUGAAGGAAAAACCCAACCCUGCACGGCAACCCUUAAACUCUCAUACUCCUCCAUUGUCGGAGCUGCCGACUCAGACAAUGUCUCCCUCACACUCGACUACGGCAAGCUCUUCCGCCAACUAGAGACCAACGUCCGCACCUUCUCCAACCCGAAAGAAAUGCCCGACCACCUAGCCUGCCAAAUGAUCAGCGUGGAAGGCACCCAUCAGAAGAACAUGUUGACCGCGGCUCCGGGCCAAGAUCCGCGCGUGACGGCCGCCCUUGUAGCCGAUGCGGGGCUGGGAAUGUUGGAUCAAACAGCCAAGAGCGUCAAGGCCCAGGAGAGCUCUGCCGUUUCAGCGAAGUACGGCGAGUGUGAGGUGGAGCUACAUCUACCUAAGGCUUUACUGCGCUCCGAGGAGGGUCUCCGGUAUCGCAGCGUUACGGCCUGGGGGUUCACGGAUGCGUCUGUGCGACGCCCGGUUGUCCUGGAGGAGGAAUAUCGCAUUGAGGGUAUCCGGUGCUAUGCUAUUUUGGGAGUGAAUCCCCAUGAAAGGGUCGAAAAACAGGCUGUCAUUGUUGGGCUUACUUUCCAAGGUGCUGGGCAGCUUGAUUGGGGGUCCAAGGUUGUUGAGACGUAUCAGGCUGUGACGCGGGCUGUGGCUGAGAAAGUUGAUCAGACCACCUUCCAGACUGUGGAGUCACUGGCUACUUUCAUUGCGCACAUUGUUACUGUCGAUUUUGGUAACGAGCGUGUGACUGUCAAGGUGGAAAAACCUAGUGCGCUGGCAUUUGUUCAGCGUUCAGGCGUGGAAAUCACUCGCUCAAAGGCUUUCUUCGAUACUCACAGUCUUCCAGAGCCGCGCGCG